AUGUCGGCUCCAACGAUAGAUAGCACCGAAGCGAUCACGAAUUCUGGAUAUGGGAGCAGCGAUGAAACGGCCAGUCUUCUGGUCGCCGGACCAGCAGUUACUGUUAUAGUUCCGUCAGAAAACAGAACAGUUAAACCGGUUCUACAAAGACAAGACUGCACGACGCAUUUAAGACCACAACUGUCAGGAGGGCCGGGCAGCGAAGAGAGUGGUACGUCCAUACGAAUGGAAGAAGGUACAGCAAGAAGCGUCCCAGACAUAGAAUUGCAAUGCCGCGAUACUGUUCCGCACGCAGACAGACCCCAGACUUUAGUAUCGCCAAUGGCCGGCUGCUCCCACAGAGGUUCAGUGACCGCCUGCACGUUAGUUCCACACUCGCAUUCUAGAUGUCGCGUCUGUGAACGAAGACAAUCAACGGCGCCGGUUUCAGCGUUACAACUAGCGCGAUCUGUGUCCCGAGAGAGUGUACGAUCCGCACUACACUACCCGUGUGGCUGUAGUUCGCUCCACGCGGUCAGUACGUGCCCUGUUAUACAGCCCCCGGCGCUGUUGCUACCAACAACUAGUGCGAGAAUCAUCCGACAGAGUUCGCAGCCGGAGUCUAGCGCAUGCGCGGCACACUGUCCUCACCACAGCCACCACCACCCUAGCGCCUCAUUGCGACAACUAAGGGAACCAGGCGACGGAAUUGCCGGCAUCGCCGCUGACUCUCUACGAAUCAACGGAGGAAUGCGACCAUUCAAACAGGGGCUGCUCCUCUGUCCGCAAACCCUGUCGCAGACUCGUCGAGCCCGACUGAGACGGGCGUUCACUGAAGCCACGGGAGAUACUGUUACCUACGUUAAAACGGCCUGCACGGGACGUCUAGAAGUGGGACAGCUGCGAAAGCCGGUGUCGACACUCUCGAUCCCGGGUGCGAUGAAGGCUUACUCCGGCGGGGGGCGGGACGCGAGCGGGGAGGAGGCAGGCGUAGCUCUAGUUGGCGUUCACAGCGAGUAUCCACGCUUCGGAGAAGAACGGGCUCUGGGCGGCGGCACGUACAAAGGCGGAGGGACAGCCAAGCACAAACCCAACAUAGGAUAUAGGUUAGGUAGGAGAAAGGCGUUAUUUGAAAAAAGAAAACGGAUAAGUGACUACGCUUUAGUAAUGGGGAUGUUUGGAAUUAUAAUUAUGGUAAUAGAAAAUGAACUCUCAAGUGCCGGUGUUUAUACUAAGGCAUCAAUAUAUUCACAGGCGUUAAAGACGCUAAUAUCAAUGUCGACUGUGAUUUUACUUGGCCUAAUCGUCGCGUAUCACGCUUUAGAAGUACAAUUAUUUAUGAUAGACAACUGCGCCGACGACUGGCGGAUAGCAAUGACGUGGCAAAGGAUAGCGCAAAUCGGCCUCGAACUGGCGAUAUGCGCCGUUCACCCCAUCCCUGGACAAUAUACUUUUACGUGGACGACAAAGUUGGCCAACAAGGGUGGAGUGAUAGGCGUUGAAGUUGGCACGAUGUAUAAGCAAAUUCAGGUUCCUUAUGACGUCACGUUGUCACUGCCGAUGUUCUUUAGGCUGUAUCUUAUAUGCAGGGUCAUGUUACUUCACAGUAAAUUGUUCACGGACGCUUCAUCCAGAAGUAUAGGAGCUUUAAACAGAAUUAAUUUUAAUACUAGAUUCGUCUUGAAGACAUUAAUGACAAUUUGCCCCGGUACUGUAUUAUUAGUAUUUAUGGUGUCACUUUGGAUAAUCGCAAGCUGGACAUUACGACAAUGCGAAAGGUUUCACGACGAGGAACACGCUAAUCUGCUGAAUGCGAUGUGGCUAAUAGCUAUAACGUUUCUCUCCGUUGGUUUUGGUGACAUAGUGCCAAACACAUAUUGUGGCAGAGGUAUCGCUGUUAGCACCGGUAUUAUGGGGGCGGGAUGUACUGCAUUAUUAGUGACGGUUGCUUCAAGGAAAUUAGAGUUAACUAGAGCGGAGAAGCACGUUCAUAACUUCAUGAUGGAGACACAGCUCACUAAAAAGCUGAAAAACGCAGCGGCUAACGUGCUUCGAGAAACGUGGUUAAUAUACAAACACACGCGACUAGUAAAAAGAGUUCAUCCAGGAAGAGUGAGGACGCAUCAGAGGAAGUUUUUGUUAGCUAUUUAUGCAUUACGAAAAGUGAAGAUGGAUCAACGAAAACUAAUGGACAAUGCCAACACAAUAACUGACAUGGCAAAGGACCCCUUUUUGUUACAGACACAGAACACGGUCUAUGAGAUUGUCUCAGAUAUGAGCACGAGACAGGACACUAUAGAAGAGAGGCUGACUAGUUUAGAAGAAAAACUAACAACGUUACAGGAACAAGUAAAUAGUUUACCAGAUGUUAUGGCAAGGUGUUUACAACAAUGCUGGGAGAGAGCUGAACAAAGGAGAAAUUUUCUUCAUCCAGACACUGCCGCUGUGCCUACACCGCCAUCAUCAACUAUUACGCCUUAUGCAAGAGCAAUGCCGUCAGCGUCACAUCCCUGGCCCCCGAGUCCGGUGCUGCAGCCGUCAGCACGAACCCACUCGGCUCCAGAGAGUACGACAGCUCACUCUCCGACACCAGUCCAGCUGCAACCUUCAAGCCCUGCUCCUCAAGUGACGCGGCCGCCCUUGCCCAGCUGAGUACCGCCUUCCAACUCCGAACUACUGUGCUGAACUCGACGAAACUCGGCGCCCGUCCUCUGACCCCCCCUUUAUCAUGACUACGCCCCAAUAAGGUUAUCGGGAGAAUCAUUUUACUUUAUUUAUCAGGAAUUAAGUAAGAUUAGUGCUGAUUUCGCGGACAACAAAUAUUGAUUUUAUGAAAACGAUAAUGGGAUCAAUAUAUUUAAAAAAAGAAAAGUGUUGAGUUUUAUAAAGUGUGAACUUUCAAUUAUGAUAUAUUUGCAAGUAUGCAAAGCCCAAAAAAACAACAGGGUUUAUUAACUGCAAAGAGAACAUCUAGUCUAUAAGUACUUUACGAAGUCUUUAAACUCAACCUGUUGAUAACAAUUCAUUUACGGGCAAAUGCUUUUAUACUUAAGGUACUAUGAUUUUUCCGGUAAUCUAACGGACCACGUCGCGGUGCGAGACAAGGCCAGCCGUAGUUUUCUUCGCCGUUCCCCAAAGUUUCGGAAGUGCCAGACUGUUCUUUAGUGAUAUUAUUUAGAUAAUGGAAUAAAAGUGGAAUGGACCCGCUGUUGUGAUUAUACAAGAUGCUUUAUUAAUAAACGCUUUAGCUAAUACGUUAGAGAGUAUUUUGAGUACAUUAUCAAAACUAGUUUAGGUACAUAGCUGUUAUAUAAUACGUUAUUUACGUUUACUAUUGUUCGGGGAACCAUAUAACACGGUUUUGUAGUCUGGUGUGUUUAUACAAGUUUUGUGAAAUGAAAAAACGAUUUAUUGCACUGCAAAGCCUUAUGCGUAAAUUCUACAUAUUAAAAAAAAAUCUAUUCGCGGGAAAUUUUUCGAGGAUUUGAAAUAAGAAAUAAAAAUAGUACUCACAUAGUUUCGCAUUUAUAUAGCUGUAUAGUAAUAAAUAUUCAGACUGCAUUAUACAUAGAUAUACACUUUUAAAUAAUAGUGUUCACUAAUAUAUUAUAUGUUGGUUCCUUGUCUAAGUACGUACAUGUGUUUACAUUUAAGUGGAAUAUGUGUAUGUGUAUCAUUUCCCAGUUUUAGUAAUGAAAAUAAACUGUACUCCAUCGAAAUAAGAUAGUAUGUACUUUGAUCUAAGACAUUGAAUUGUUAUUGAAAUGAUUCAAAGUGAUUUUAGGUUCCACAUUUUUACAGGCUAUAUUACGAACCAUGUAUACAAAGUUUAUUUAGAAUUUAGAUUAAAUUGAAUUGUUACUACCUGCCUAUUGACACGUAGAUUGUAAAAGAUUUUUUUCUAAGUAUAGUAUUAAGUGAAGCUUCGUAUAAGACAUUAAGAUUGAUGGCUGUCUAAAUAGUGCCUAAAACACUACGAAAUUUCUGAAAUUCAGUUUUACUACCUUAAAAAUAACUUAUGAAUAUGUAAAUAGAUAUAUUAUAGUAAAAAAAAAUUGAAAAUGUUAUAUUAAAUGAAUAUUAACUAAAUUAGCUGUACGAUUGUAAUUGUAAUGGGAACAAUUUGGUUCUAAAUGUUUUUUUUUUAUUUUGUGUUUGGCUUCGUCAAAAUAAGUUGCUUUACAUUCAAAGUCACGUGAAUUAUUAAUAAUAAAUACGGUGACAUGAAAAUUAGUUAAUAUAAAUUUAUACUUACAUUUAUUAACUGAUCGUUUCAAGCUGUCAGGACUAUCUACAUAACCAGUAUUAUUUUAUUAAUUUAGGAAAACUAACAGUCACCUAAUAACAUUAGAAAUAGAUAUAGAAAGACAAUGCGAAUACCAGUAAAGUUUCCAUAGACAUAAAAACAAUAAUCUUGCAAAAUAAAUAGAGAGAAAAAAUAGGAGCUCAGUAUCUAAUUAGAUGGUUUCGAUAAGUAGUGAAUUACACUCAUUAUUCUGAAACCUAUCUAAUAGCCAUCGUCAUAAUAAUAAUAUAAACGUAUCACAAUACUCUUCCUGAUAUAAUUACCUGACCGUGCAAAAAUAUCACAUGUAGUAAAUAAAGGGUUUUUCAAUAAGAGGGCUAAA